AUAUCACAUCGUUCUUCUUGUCUCCAUGGUUUCUAUAUUUUCAGUAUUCAAUAAUGCAAUUAUGACUACACCUAGUUCAUUUUCAAUUCUGCUCCUCCUGCUACUGAUGCCCGUCGUCACAAAUGGCGAGUACAGUAUGCAAUCGGAGCAGGAGAUUCUCAAUGCGUUGCUCAAAAAUUAUGACAUGCGGGUACGGCCACCACCGGCCAACUCAUCAACGGAAGGUGCUGUCAAUGUUCGUGUUAAUAUUAUGAUUCGGAUGCUAUCGAAAAUUGAUGUAGUUAAUAUGGAAUAUUCAAUUCAACUAACAUUCCGCGAGCAAUGGAUAGAUCCUCGACUGGCCUAUGAAAAUUUGGGUUUCUACAAUCCUCCGGCAUUUCUCACAGUCCCACAUGUUAAAAAGAGUCUAUGGAUUCCUGACACAUUCUUUCCCACCGAAAAAGCAGCUCAUAGACAUUUGAUUGAUAUGGAAAACAUGUUCUUGAGGAUAUAUCCGGAUGGAAAAAUCCUCUACAGUUCCCGGAUAAGUUUGACAAGUUCCUGCCCAAUGCGUCUCCAACUCUACCCACUCGACUAUCAAUCGUGUAACUUUGAUCUUGUCAGCUACGCGCACACAAUGAAUGAUAUCAUGUACGAGUGGGAUCCAUCAACACCAGUUCAACUGAAACCCGGCGUUGGCUCGGAUCUUCCCAAUUUUAUACUCAAAAACUACACAACAAAUGCAGAUUGCACAAGCCACACGAACACAGGAUCAUAUGGAUGUCUCCGAAUGCAACUUUUGUUCAAACGGCAAUUCAGUUAUUACUUGGUACAACUGUAUGCUCCAACCACUAUGAUUGUGAUUGUCUCAUGGGUUUCAUUUUGGAUUGAUCUUCAUUCAACUGCUGGACGUGUCGCUUUAGGAGUCACUACGCUUCUUACAAUGACUACAAUGCAAUCUGCAAUCAACGCCAAGCUUCCACCAGUUAGCUACGUAAAAGUUGUGGAUGUCUGGCUUGGAGCGUGCCAAACAUUUGUAUUCGGAGCACUUCUGGAAUACGCAUUUGUCAGUUAUCAAGAUAGUGUCCGGCAAAAUGACAGGUCAAGAGAGAAAGCUGCAAGGAAGGCGCAGAGAAGGAGAGAAAAGUUGGAAAUGGUGGAUGCAGAAGUCUAUCAGCCACCGUGCACCUGUCAUACUUUCGAAGCCCGCGAGACAUUCCGUGACAAAGUCCGCCGUUACUUCACAAAACCAGAUUAUCUACCGGCAAAAAUUGAUUUCUAUGCCAGAUUUGUCGUCCCACUUGCCUUUCUCGCUUUCAAUGUUAUCUACUGGGUAUCAUGUCUUAUCAUGUCUGCCAAUGCUUCCACUCCAGAGUCUCUCGUUUAGAUUUUCCCCUGUUUUUUUUUCAAAUCCCCACUGUUCCCACAUUUGCUAUCAAUUUGCAAACAUCAUACUUGAUACCGGUAUAUGUAAAUGAAAUUUGAAAUUUAAAAUUUAAAUAAAAAAUAAAAAAUAAAACUCACUUGCAAACA